GUGGAAAGGACAGACUACGACCGGCCCCACCAUUCCCUUGGGAUCUUAAGCGCAUCCAAGGUGUUCUCAAGGGACGUUUUCAGGGACAACAGUUAUCCGCAUACAAAAGACAUUUCCAAAGCGUUAACCAAAAUGGACCCCUACUCGACCGAAGGCGAAUUAAUCAACAUUCACAACCAUUUCCACCAGGGCCAGUAUCAGGAAGUUAUUGACUUUGAUACCUCUUCCUUCUCCCCUGACAACGCUCUGCCCGCGCGCAUUCUUGUCCUCCGAGCUCGAUUGGCUCUUGGACAGGCAGAAGAUGUUCUCGAUGAUGUGAAGGGCGAUUCUCAGCCUGAGCUCCAGGCUCUGGGUGCUCUUGCUGAGUUCAAAUUGGGCAAGGCCGAUUCUGCAGUGCAGACGAUCGAGAAGCUGGCCUCUUCAGCUGCCGACAACACAACGGUCCAGGUUAUCGGAGGAACGGUUCUCCAAGCUGCUGGAAAGUCUGAAGAGGCUCUUGCUCUUCUCACUCAACAUCAGGGAAGCCUUGAUGCUGUCUCUCUUAUCGUCCAGAUCCAUCUGCAACAAAACCGAACCGACCUCGCCCUCAAAGAAGUAUCUGCUGCAAGGCGAUGGGCUCAAGAUAGUCUCUUGGUCAACUUGGCCGAGUCGUGGGUUGGAUUAAGAGUCGGUGGUGAGAAGUACCAGCAGGCGUUCUACGUCUUUGAGGAGCUCGCCCAAGCUCCCUCGACCUCAUCAAUUCGAAGUCUUGUCUCGCAAGCUGUCUGCGAACUGCACCUCGGCCGAACAGAAGAAGCCCAAGCUGCUCUCGAACAGGCCCUGGAGAAGGACGCUGAUAACGCCGACGCGAUUGCCAAUCUGCUGGUUCUCAAUGUUAUUUCCGGCAACCAGUCCGAUGAAUUUGCACAGAAAUUAAGGAGCGUCAAGCCUGACCAUCAAUUCUUGGCCGACUUGGAAGAGAAGAGCGCUCUUUUUGAUAAGGCUGCCACAAAGUAUAGCCCCAAGGUGUCGGCAUGAUUUGGGCUAGGCGUAUCAAUUGCUAAAAUUAAUGGCGGGCGCAUUAUUCAUAGAGGAUUGGACCCCCUUGGCAAUGAUUAUUGAGCUCUCGAACGUAUUUUACCAUGUUAACCAACAGCACGUCCGAGUCACGGAGAGCAUCAACGGGAAGGCGAAGACCAUCAAAAUAUAUCAGGACCUUUUACUGCAAAGAAUUAAACUUAACACUGGCAAGGGUAUAUACAACCAUUUGUGUGUGGACUUGUAAUUCUUAACCUUCUGAUCGAGGAGUGUUUCCUGGAUAUGGGGUAAGCUAUUAUUGCAAGAUCUGGCAUGGUUCCGAAGACCACUUUGUCGAGAUAGACCGUCUUUUUGUCCAUUGGCUAAAGUACCGAGCCAUGCGGCGAAUGAUCAUCGAAUGUUCUCAACACGCUGAAUCUCCAAAAUAUAUAUCAUCCAUGAUAUCGUCACGAGACACUAGUAGGGAUACCUACUAGUUAGGAGUCCACAUUGCUAGAUCCUGCUUAGUUGGUCGCACCCAGGAACAGGAUGCAUUGCUAAAACAGGCUCAGAAUGCACAAGGGGAUAAUUUAUUCGGGUGAGCAGGCGUGUUACCUCGCUCAAAAGUUCAGAGACUAGAGCAUCCAUAUCAUAAAAGGGCCCUUCGUUCUUUCUAUGCCGUCAAUCCUAAGCCCCGUGAUGAAAAGAGAACAAGUCUCAUGUACCCAUGUCAUAAAGCAUCAUGACGGCCCACACGAAACUCCCGAAUUUCCCAACCAAGAUGUCAUCAUCAUUCGCUAACGCUCGACUCGGCUCUGAAGCCCUCUUACAAUUUCUUUUGGCUAAGCAUUGGACGCAAUUGCUCAUUUCUUCUUGUUGGGGAACUUGGGAGCGCCAAUGUCGCUGCCUCGCAGCUUGACAUUGAGCACUCGCUCCAUGGCGCCGAGCACCUUCUGAUCGGGGGCGGCAGUGCCUCGCUCGAAGUCGGCGACGAUAGCCUGGGUGGUGUUGCAUCGGGUAGCAAGAUCCUUCUGUGUCAUCUUGGGCUCAACUUGCUGACGAGCCUUGGAGAUAACAUCGCCAACAGUCUUGCCGAUGGUGUUGGGCUUGAUGAUGUCGUCGGAUCGAUCGACUUUUGUCAUACGCUGACCCUCUGGUGCAGAACCCUGCAAAAUGGUUAGUGUGUGCUACAGAGAGACGAUGGCUGUACGUACGGCAUUGGCAGAAGAGUACUUCUUCUCGGUAGUGAGGCCGCCAGCCCGUUGGGCAGCGUUCAGAGCAGCCUUUCCUCGAACAACAGUCUCUCGCUGGGCAGCGCCGGAGCCACGGGUGCGGCUACCAAUCUUGGUGGUGGUAUCCCAGUCAUCCAUUUUGAAGAUAUGAAGUUUUGUCGAAAGAAGAUGUGUGUUUUAGAGCGAGGUUUGACUCGAUGUGACGACGUGGAAGAAGUGUUAUUUGUUGAGUAUGUAAGAAUGGAAUAUAGAUCAAGCUGAAGUUCUGGGCGACAAAGAAUUUAUGGGGAUGGUGAUGGAAUGGGUGGAGGGGUUUAGGCUUGGACUUGGGUCACUGAGUCAAUCGGCGGGGGACUAUAAUUGGCACCGUGCAUCGGUGGCCUCUCUUUGCAUGCGCCUUGUUAUCCCAGCGGUAAGG